UCACUCUUUGGGUUCCAGCUAGCUUUCUCUUUCAAUCUUUCUUCUUCUCCUUUUUCUUCAUACUGUGUCCUUCUCCUCCUUCGGCAACAAUGCCAUUGGUUUCCAUCUUCCUUUUCUCGCUCUUUUCCUUUUGUUUUACAUUAUAUAGAACAAAGGAAACACAAAGGAGUAUGGAGAGCAGCAGGCCUUUUUGUUGGCUUCUUUUAACCUUUCUCAUUCUUUCGUGCUUUGUGGCUCAAACUCAUGGGAGUAUGAAAGAACAAUCUUCACUCUAUGGCUACAAGGCCACGUUGUUGAAGCCAAAUUUUGGUGUGAACACGAGUCGUUUCAAGGCAUUCGAACAUGGCAAUAUUGAAACAAAUGUCUAUCCUCAGGAGGGCUUCAAGGAGAAAGAUAGGAUUGAGAGGCUGCCAGGACAACCCCCUGUAAAUUUCUCUCAGUAUGGUGGCUAUAUCACGGUGAAUCAAUCAGCGGGUCGUGCCCUUUUUUAUUACUUUGUUGAAGCUCAGCAGCCUAAUGACACAUUGCCUCUCCUUCUUUGGGUUACUGGAGGCCCAGCUUGUUCAUCUUUGGGUAUUGGAGCAAUGCAAGAGGUGGGCCCAUUUCGUGUGCGGAGCGAUGGCAAAACACUUUAUACAAACCAAUUUUCUUGGAAUCAUGCUGCAAAUGUCCUCUUCAUUGAGUCUCCUGCUGGGGUUGGCUUUUCAUACUCCAAUACAUCAUCCGACUUUGAUGAUGAAAUGGGAGAUAUAGCCACUACAACAGAUAAUUAUCGGUUUUUGGUGAAUUGGCUUGAGAGAUUUCCUGAGUACAAGAACCGGGCCUUCUAUAUUUCUGGAGAAAGUUAUGCUGGAUUUUAUGUUCCUCUGCUUGCAAAUGCUAUUCUCCACAAUAACAAGAAGGCUAGCAAAACCAUUAUCAACCUCAAAGGGAUCAGUCUUGGAAAUCCAACAAUUAAUUUUGAAGCUGAAAGACAAGGAAGCUUCGAAUUUGCUUCGACCCAUGCUCUCUCUUCGGAUCGAGACACAUCUCGAGUGCUAAAAUACUGUAAUUUCUCCUUACCCAAUGAAAAAUUCAGCAAAGCGUGCAAAGAAGCCUGGAAUGCAGUUAUAGUUGAUGCAUUUCCAACUGAGAACACAAAUAUUUUGAUUUCUCCACCUAUUGAUUGCAUGCACGUCAACCUCACAGUUCCGCCUAAGAAAGUUUCUAUACUGAACCUUGAUUAUUGUGAGACUAAUUAUGUGGCGGCUUAUAUGAAUCGGCGGGAUGUUCAAGAAGCACUUCAUGCCAAUGUAACAAAAAUUCCAGGUAAAUGGGAUGAAUGCAGCCUGGGAGGAUACUCAGAUUUCAAGGGAAGCAUCUCUUCCGUUAUAAAGGAACUUAUGGCUAAUGGACUUCAAGUUUGGAUUUAUAGUGGUGACACGGAUAUGGUUGUUUCGGUUACUUCAACAAAGUACACCCUACGACGUAUGAAGCUUCAUGUGAAGACUGCAUGGCGUGCUUGGUUCGACAAAGGAGAGGUUGGAGGCUUUACAGAAGUAUAUGAGGGGGGCCUAACAUUUGCAACAGUAAGAGCUGCAGGACAUAUGGUUCCGGCAUUCCAACCUGCUAGAGCACUUACUCUGAUCAAGAACUUCCUCGAUGGCACUCCUCUUCCUGACCUUAACAGAUCAUUAAUUAGCUGAUUCUUUUAAUCUAUUUGUUUAGCAUUUUAAUUUAGUAUAUAUUAUCUCAUUUAGAAAUUCAGCCAGGAAGCUAUUAGUGAUUGAUUAGUUCUAUAGAUAUCAAUAUACUGGCAAACAUUGAUAUCAUUCAUUAAUCAUUAUUGUCUUGACAAAACAUUUGCGUCUUUGUCGCAAUAGAAGGAAGUGAAUGAUACGAAAGAAGAUUUUUUAUAUAUAGAAAAUUCAAAUUUAAUCA